GUGGUUGAGAUAUCCAGCCUGACAGAACACCUGCUGACAGAAUGUGACAAAAGGGAUGGGUUUGGGAAGUGCCACCGCUGCAAGGAGGCUGUUCCCAAGGAGGAGCUUCCCAGGCACCUCAAAACCAAGGAGUGCAACCCUGCCAAAUCGGAGAAGGUGGCAAACCGAUGUCCUCUAUGUCAUGAGAACUUUGCCCCUGGAGAAGAGGCAUGGAAGGUUCAUCUGAUGGACUCUACUGGCUGCACAAUGAACCUGCGAAAGACACAUGUUCUCUACAAGGCCACAGCCCCACAGCAAGGGAAGGGCCCAGCAGCAUCGAAGUCAGGCACCUCAGGACCCAAAGUUGGAAGCAAGAUCCCCACCCCAAAGGGGGGCCUGAGUAAGAGCUCCAGCAGGACGUACACAAGACAGUGACAGUCACCACUUGUGUCUGCCAGGAGCUGUGCAAGUUUCCCCAUUGUGAGCCGUGUGUGUCGACGUAGUGAUGUGGGCUCUGUACCUGCUGCCCCUUGGCCUCUUGAGUCAGUGUCUACUCUCACAGGAACAGAGGGUAUGGAUUUGACCAAAGAACCCUUCCCGAGCUAGGCCCCACAGUGCUGGGCCCUUUGUGCUCAGGCACAGAAGUACCUCUCACUCAGGAAGCCAGCAAGUGCAGCACCCACUUUCCUUACUACUGAGAUGUACCCCACACUUUGAGCUCACUGGUGCCUGUUGCACACAGGAGUAGACUUUGCACAGAGCUGAGCUGAACUUUGGUGGCCCUAGAGGUCAGCAGCAAGCCAGACUGAACCUGCUGUGCUGCCUCUCCCGGGCCUGUCUGCUAGGGUGUCACACCAUAGACAGCAACAAGCAAUAAAGGAAAGCAAGCAAAAGACAGCCAUUCUCAGAACAAGUCCCUCCACACACACUUUGUCCCGUGCUCCUUGUGCACUUCUGUCCUCAUCACCACACUGGCAGCCCUGCCUUGAUGCCUUCCCUCUGCUGCAGAGUCCUAAGUGGAUUUUGGAUGAUGCCCCCCUGGUUACCAUAUUCUCACCUGACCGUAGCCCACCUGCAAGCCUGUUUUCAGUAUGGCACAAAUGAGCACCUCCCAUGUUUGCCUAACCCACAAAGACAAGUCCCACACACCUUGCUGGCCCAGAGCCUCCAAAUCAGGUGUGUGACAUCCUGUGAUGUAAGUGACCCCACUUUCCCAAAUCAUUCCUAGUAUGUCACUCUCAAGUGCUUCACUGAACAGUGACUCAGACCUCAGGAGACAGCUGUCAGCACCCUCAGCCCGCCUUCCUCCCAGGAGCUCUGGUCAGACAACCAUCUAUGGGAAGGAUGAGUCCAUCUGAAACUCCUGUCAACGGCGCCACCGUGGGCUGAAGGGUGGCCCACUGAGGCCCUCACUGUGCCUGCUUCCUGAGGGCUUCCUCAUGCCCCUUUGAAAUGUCUAGGACUGAGAAAAUGAGUGUUAUAAAAUCAGGGUGUAUUUCUUUAAAAUUCCCAACCAUGUAAAAUGAAAUCCAUAGUGAUUUAUAGGUGCCUGAGCAUCGAGCAUGCUGGGUAAUGAAUCCCAUGAACUCACCCCUGCUUUUGGCAAACAGCUCCUACUGUGCUUGGCUCAGUAUCAAGUGGAACAGGAUCUGUUGAGAGGAGAAUCCUGACAGAGGCCUUUAGGGUGGAGAGAGCACAAAAUGACUAAGAAGGCCAAGCACAGGUACCAGAGGGUGACAAGAUGGUCCUUCAGGUCAGACGCUGGCUGUGUCAGAACUUAAGAAAUAGAUACCUGUAACGCUUUCUAUCUAUUGUAAUUUCAAGGUAUUUGUAAAAACUCCUUCCUCCUCAGCCUGGCGUGGUGGCUCACACCUGUUUUCCUGGCACUUGGGAGGCUGGAGUCACUCACCACAAGUUCAAGGGGAGCCUGGGCUCCAGAGUGAGUCUCUGGCUCAAAAUUAAACAGAAGAAAAAAGGAAUCCUUCAUUUUUAGCCCCCAUGUUUGCCUGUUACAGAAUCAUGAGUUUCUGCAGAGGUGACUGGCAGUAUGGGCAGCCACAAAGCUCCACACCACUGUGCUUGAUUCAGGGAAGGAGCUAAGAACCCCACCAUUCAUAAUAUCAAAAUGUGGAACACUCCUCAAGCUUCACGUACGAUACAUUGUGGAUAUUUAAUAUUUAUUUAUAUUAUUUUUCAUAAAAUAUUAUUAAAUCUAAUUUAAAAGAAUUGUGUCAUAUCUGAUACUAGAAUACGUUGUAAAUACCUUUAAUGAAAAUUUGCAACUUUUUAAUGUUUUAACAUAGUUUUUCUAUUUGUCUUUAUUUCAGGUGCCAGAAGUAUAAAAUAAUAUAUUUUUAUUGUUAUUGUUUUAGGAUUUAUGUGCUAAUUUGCCUUGAGUACAUUAAUACAGUAAAAAGAUCA